AUGGAGUCAUGUCCAGAGGAGAAUCAAUGCCCAGAGGAUACCACAGAACCCGAUACUGAUGCCGAUGGUACCACUUCUGGCUGCGAAUAUCGCGAUUGCAUCAUAAAGAUAGUACAAAAGUUGAGUCCUGAGUUAGGAGAGUGCAUAAAGUCAUGUGCCGACAAAAUUCAAUGCCCCGAUGAUGAAGGCAAACCUUGUCCAGAUUCACAGACACAACCAGACUGCUCGGAAAAUGUUGAAUGCGAAAUAAAAAUGAACCUACUCAAAAUAACACAGAACUUUAACUCCAUUCUCGAAAAAUACAUUGGGUUAGGUAGCGGAGAAGCUCCAGAACCUGAAAAACCCUCAGAACCCGAUCUUGAUGUCGACAGCACAAACGCCCUCAAUUUCAUCAAAAAGGUUCUCCAAAAGUUGUGUCCUGAGUUAUCAGCAUGCAUGGAGAAAAAUGAGGACAAAAAUACGUCACCCGACGAUCAAACCAAGCCAUGUCCAGAUAAACCCACACAACCAGAGUGCUCGGAAAAUAUCGACUGUGAAAUUAAAUUGGCACUACUCGAGUUAGUUCAAACCUUCAACUCCAUCCUCCUAGAUAGUACAGAGCCAGGUGAUGAGGAGUCCACAGACCCUGAGGAUCCCUCAGAACCUGGUGAUUUCGAAGAAUGUGAAAUUGAUCCAGACGAUACCACUUCUUGCUCCGAUUAUCGUGAUUGCAUCAUCAAGUUAGCACAAAAGUUGUGCCCUGAGUUAGCAGAGUCCAUGGGAGCAAGUGGUGACAAAAAUUCAUCACCGGACAGUCAAACUAAACCAUGUCCUGAUAAACCCACUCAACCUGAGUGCUCUUCAAAUAUCGACUGUGAAAUUAAAACUUCCAUUCUCGAGUUGGUUCAAAACUUCAAUACAAUUCUGUUAGAUAGUAAAAAGCCAAGUGGUGGUGAGGGAACGACAGAACCAGAGAAUCCCUCAAAACCCGAUCCUAAUCCAGACGGAAACUCCUCCUCUGAUUAUCUCAAUUGCAUCAAAAUGUUGUUGCAAAAAUUGAGUCCAGAGUUAGCCGAGUGCGUGAAGACAUGUGCUGACAAAACUCCAUCCCCCGAUGAUCAAAAUAAACCCUGUCCAGAUCAGCCCACUGAACCGAAAUGUUCGGAAACUGUUGAAUGCAAAAUUAAAAUGAAUCUACUCAAAUUGGCACAGAACUUUAAUUCCAUUCUCGAAAAAUACCUUGGAACAGGUGAAGGGGACACUUCAGACCCUGAGGAUCCUUCAGAACCUGAGGAACCCUCAGAACCUGAUACAGAUCCCGAAGAGCCUAACCCAGGCUCAGAUUUUCGCGAAUCUAUCCUCAAAUUAGUUAAAUAUUUGUGCCCUGAUUUGGCAAUGUUAAUUGAGACAUGUACUGGGGAAGUUGCCGGCAAUCAAAUGGACUCUGGUCUUCUACCAUCUAUCCCAGGCUUAACGGAUGAGACCUACAAUAUACUCAGAGAAUCCUUAAUCAACUUGUUACUGGUCGUAUACCCCGAACUAGCCCCAUGUUUUGAAACAGAUCCAGAUGACAACGGCGAUUGCGGAACAGAACCAGAAAUCCCCGAUGUUCCUGAUCCCAAUGAACCAACAGGAUGCACUAGUGUGAAACAAUGCCUCAGGCUUCUUUCUGAGAAAUUAAAUCCUGAAUUGUUCUGUGCUUUGGAAAACUGCACUCAGCAAUGUCCUUGUCCACAACCGAUGCCAUGUCCACCAACAUGCUCUUCGCCAUGCCCACAGCCAUGCCCCCAGAUAUGUCCUCAGCCCAUUUGUGAUGACGUUCCAAUUGAGGAAGCUAAUCAAUGUCUUCUCACAAUUGCCAACGCCCUUCGUGAUCAACUUGACGACGGGACGGAGCAAAUCUGUCCAUGCCAGCCACAAGCUCAAGCAUCAGCAUUCAGACUACCUUCGUCUCCCGCGGCUAUAAGAUCACCAGCUAUAUCAUCUGCCUUAACUGCCAGGUCGAUCAGACCAGCAACACCCACCAACAUUCUAGCACAACGAGCCAAUCUACUCAAGAAACCGCGAGUUUUGAGACCCGCAGUAUCCAAGACUGUCAGGUUUGCGAAAACUGCAAGAGCCUAUAAACCGCGACUUCCACUUAUUCCCAAGACCUUUCAAACUAGGUCAAUUAGGAUGAGGCCAACUCGCUCACUUCUAUAUACAAAACUCGGCAAGCCAGUUAGACCAGUGAUAAGCAGGUUGAAAACCACAAGAAGUCUCCGACGUUAUUAA